AUGAAAUGCAAUGAAUUCGAAAAAAAUAAACCUCGCCAUCACAUGAACCUGGACAAUUUGGAUAUAGCAUUACACGAUUUGGGUAUGUUGAGUGCAAUAACCGAAGCGCGGCGUGAAUUUUUAAGAGAAUCUAAAUCUAAUUUGGGCGUGAUGCGGCUGAACACGCGGUACGUGUCCAACGUCACUGUGGGGUAUUGUAUGAAAAGAAGCACAAACAAAAACAGACUUUGCCCGUACGUUUUACCCGUGAGACACAGAACAAAGAGUGAAAACUCAGACGCCAUCGGCUGUGAUGUAAACGAUAGCAGCUGUGAUUUCAAACAUAAUUUGCUGGACCAUCAACCAUCUACCAGUACCUGUAUGAGAGAGAAUAUUGAUAUUAAAAGCCCUGCAAAGCGGUGCCAGUCACUGGAAAACUUAAACCUCACUGUGGAGUGUCCGCCAAAGGUUGAAAUUUCUCCUGAUAUGGAUUGUGUAUCCACUAGAAUCCAGAAGUUGCAAGUUGACGAA